GUUCUUCCGCCGCUCCUGAAGCUGACGGAGAGGGCCGCCGCCCAGCAGUAGGAGCUGUCUCAAUUAGCCCUGCUGCACAGUCUCAGCGCUGUGUAAGUGAGUCCGGGCCCGGUCCCCUCUCCCGCCGCCGCCAUGGGCUGCACGUUGAGCGCCGAAGACAAGGCGGCGGUGGAGCGGAGUAAGAUGAUCGACCGCAACUUGCGGGAGGACGGAGAGAAAGCGGCCAAAGAAGUGAAGCUCCUGCUACUCGGUGCUGGAGAAUCUGGUAAAAGCACCAUUGUGAAACAGAUGAAAAUCAUUCAUGAGGAUGGCUAUUCAGAGGAAGAAUGUAAACAGUAUAAAGUAGUUGUCUACAGCAAUACUAUACAGUCCAUCAUUGCUAUCAUAAGAGCCAUGGGACGGCUAAAGAUUGACUUUGGGGAAGCUGCCAGAGCAGAUGAUGCCCGGCAGUUAUUUGUUUUAGCUGGCAGUGCGGAAGAAGGAGUCAUGACUCUAGAACUAGCAGGAGUGAUAAAACGGUUAUGGCGAGAUGGUGGGGUACAAGCUUGCUUCAGCAGAUCCAGAGAAUAUCAGCUCAAUGAUUCUGCUUCUUAUUACCUAAAUGAUUUGGAUAGAAUAUCCCAAACCAACUACAUUCCAACUCAGCAAGAUGUUCUGCGGACAAGAGUAAAGACCACAGGCAUUGUGGAAACUCAUUUUACAUUCAAAGACCUAUACUUCAAGAUGUUUGAUGUAGGUGGCCAAAGAUCAGAAAGAAAAAAGUGGAUUCACUGUUUUGAGGGAGUGACAGCAAUUAUCUUCUGUGUGGCCCUCAGUGAUUAUGACCUUGUUCUGGCUGAGGAUGAGGAGAUGAACCGAAUGCAUGAAAGCAUGAAACUGUUUGACAGCAUUUGUAACAACAAAUGGUUUACAGACACUUCAAUCAUUCUCUUCCUUAACAAGAAAGACCUUUUUGAGGAAAAAAUAAAGAGGAGUUCAUUAACUAUCUGUUAUCCAGAAUAUACAGGUUCCAAUACAUAUGAAGAAGCAGCUGCUUAUAUUCAGUGCCAGUUUGAGGAUCUGAACAGAAGAAAAGAUACCAAGGAGAUCUACACCCACUUCACUUGUGCCACAGACACCAAAAACGUGCAGUUUGUUUUUGAUGCUGUUACAGAUGUCAUCAUUAAGAACAACUUAAAGGAAUGUGGACUUUAUUGAAGAGGGUGGUUAUUGAAAGUUAUUACAAUAUGGAGUGUUGAGACCAGACUUCUUUUGCUGUCUCAUUGGGCAGCUUCAAGCAUGAACGGGACCAGGGAAUGACAGCAGCAUGCAAAACCUUAGUACUCUAGCACAAUCUUCUGUAUUAGGGAACUCUUAAUUGACACAGAGGCUAAAGUCAGACAUUGGAAUUGGAACAACUGUAUAGUAUGAUUCGAUCAUCAAGACAUCACUUGGAUUUCAUUAUCUCAAAAGUGUAGGACAAAUAUGAAAUUGAGGUGCUGCAUUCCAGAUCUUCAAUCUGUAGCUUAUUUUUUUUUCCCCCUCUUCUUAACAAACCACCAGUAGUUCAUUUUUAAAGUUCUUUUUCAUCAAGAGAAGAAUAACUUUACUAAAUUUUAUUUCUUUGUUUGCAAAAGAAUCUUUAUUAAAACACAGUCUUAACUAUGCACAUGAUGUGACCAGAUCAUCUUGAAAAUAUUCCUCUUAGUAGGAACUCUUUGUUUUUAACUCUUGGUAUGGUCAGAAUAUAGUAUUUCCAUAAUUAGAGCUUUUUUGGAUGAAGUUUAUGUUACUGUCCUGUUCAGAGUAUCACUGUGGUUUCUAAAUGGUAAUUACAUUGGAGAGCAUAGUCUAUAAUAAGAGUCUAGCUCUCUCUUUUUUUUUUUUUAGUUUAUGGUUGAAGGUUAACCUGUUUUAUGCUGAUUACCAAAUUAUCAGAUAAAUGUUGAUAUGGUUAUGGUAAAGUCAGCUUCUUAGAUACAGACACACCCAGGGCACCUGCCAGUUAGAAAUGCAGAUUGCUAAAUUCCAAACAGAACCAAUGAUUUGCUGCUACACAUCUACUAAAUUGACCACUUUGACUCUUGCUUGUCUGUCUCGGUCAUAGGGAGUUAUGUGAAAGAUGCCCCUUGUUUUCCAUCUUCCAUGGCCUUUUCUGUUGGGGAACAUCUAAUGUAUAAACAGUGCAUGCUUUUACUUUGUAAAUGUGGUGCCAAAUCCCUGUUUACCAUUGUUUUUAUUGUAGCAAUGUUAAUUAUAGUAAUCCUUAGUACCUUCUUUUGCCAAAACAAUUGCAUUUUGGGACUUUCUUCCACUUUGUUGUGUGUUGUAUAGAUUUUAAUCUGUUGUAGUUGGCAGCAGUAUUAAAAUGGUGAGUAAAGAGUC